ACUUUCGCGAGAACACAUACAGAGCACCACCGCACGCGCCGGCGCGUGCACCGCCGAUUCUCCCUCCUCCUUCCCCUCCGUCACUGUAUUCGAUCUUGGCUCCUUCAGAAAUCACGCCAAAUCAAAGAUUUUCCCUCCAAUUUCCGAGAAAAAGGAAGCAAACGCUGGAAAAUUCGAGCCAGGGUUAGGGUUUCCGCGCUCCCCAUAUUGUCCUCUCGAAGAUUCCAAACUUUCAGUCAUUUCUUCAAGCACUAAAGAGCUUUAAAUCAUUGGAGCAAAUGGAACAAGGAUUAGCAAAGAAGCUAAAAGGGUCAGAUGGGCUUCCCAUUCAAGUUGGAUGUGAUAAUCCCCAAAGUGAUGUAUCACAGAGUUUGGAACGUGAUGUUGAUGGCAUGACAGAUGGAAGCAAUGGAAGUAGUGAUGCAGACAAAUUUCAGAUGAAUAAUGGGGCUGAGAGCAAGCAAAGCAGUGAUAUUGAUGUGAAAGCCUAUACUCAGGUCAAUUCUUCAAUUGAAGAAAAAGUAAAUGAGACUUCUACUGAUCUCUCUGACAAUACCAUGCUUCCUGUGUUCAUCGGGUAUGUUGGAUCCCAAUGUGAGAAAGCAGGAAAUACCCCGACUUGUGCCACUUCUUCUGGGAUAGGAUUUCCUUCUGAUGCCUUGGCCUUGGCUCUGGACGAAAGGCAGUUGAAACGGGAGAGAAGGAAACAAGCAAACAGAGAGUCUGCGAAGAAGUCUAGGUUGAGAAAGCAGGCGGAAUAUGAGGAGUUGCUGACAAGAUGGGAAUCCUUGAAUGCGGAGAAUGCGGCCCUUAAGUGUGAACUAGAACAACUGAAAGGCGAUUCAGGAAAACUGAGGCAUGAAAACGCCGCAUUGAUGGAGAAGCUGGAAGUUAGAGGGCUAGCACAGAAAGGAGAGACCGUCUCAAGUAACGUUGAAGCUGAUUUGACCCUAAGAAACAAUACUGAGAAAGUACCAAACAACUCUAUUACUUUAAAUAGGAAUGUGAAACCAGAUCGCAACACCCAUGAAAGUUCAAAUUCAGAAACCAAGCUUCAUCAGUUGUUAGGCUCGAGCUCUAGGACUGACACAGUUGCUGCUAGAUGAUCGAAAAGAGGGUCCUGUAUGCAGCCAUGUGUCUGCCCACAUCUUGACCAAAGGUCUUGUGGUUUCACAGUGUGCUCGAGUUCUGAUUGACUUGCAACAGUAGGUAGCAGAGUGCAAUUAGGUAGAUGAUGAGGGACAUAUCUAUCACAUUGUUGCAUAUGAUUUUCAUUUUAUGUGUGAUUAGUUAUUGACCUAGUAGCUUUAUACAUUGUAGG